AUUAAAAUAAGGCAUCUUUCAGGUGGGUAAUAUUUGCCAUCUGUCAAGCUCUGUUUUCUCCCUAACAUUGGCCAUACUACUAUCCUGAAAACUUCACCUGGAAAGGAAAAGAAAAGACAAGUCCACAUCCACAUCCUCAAACUUGCUUUGGAGAAGCGUGGGACUGAGGAAAGAACUUCAACCUUGCUUAAAUUUAAGAAGGGCAGAAAGAGGCAUGGCAGAGGGCUGGAAGGUGGUGUCAUAAAAAUCUACGCUGAGCAAUUGGUGGGGAGGCAAGUGGGAGAAAAGGGCUCCUCUGGGGAAGGCACCUUUGCAGCCCUUCGGGACAGUUUCUUGCGUCGCCCACUGUCCCUCCUCCCAGGCAGCCCCCACUCUCCGCCCGGCCCUCCCUCCCAGGGCUUCAGCGCUCGGCCUGGAGACCUGGUGGGCGGGGAAGCGUCUCCCGCCCUGCUUUCUCCCGCGCAGAGGGCGCGCGGAGCACAGGGGCAUUAACUUAGCGCCCCGGGACUCUUAAGAGGCUUACUGGGCAUCUGCGCCUCUUAGCGUCCCCAGCCCCGGGCCGGAGUUGCGUCAAACUUUGCCCGUGUGUGGGUGGGAGGCAGCGGGACCGCGGCCGGUCCUGCCGCACCCCGCUGCCGGGCAGGGUUGGCUGUGGACGGCGCACUUUGCUCGCCAGGCACUUCUCAAGAAUGGAGCAGUCACAGUGUGGCAGCAGAGACCGCAGCGGCAGCGGCCGACCCCACCUGGCCCCGGGGCUGGUGGCGGCCGCCCCUCCGCCCCCGUCUCCGGUGUUGCCAGUGCCCCCGGGGAUACCGGUUCCUCCAACUUUCCUGCGGCCGCCCAGCCUCUUUCUGCGGGCAGCCGCAGCCGCCGCGGGAAGCGGGGGCUGCGCGCCGGCUCCCGGACUGGAGAGAGGGGUGGGCGCCGUGGGCUGCGGCUAUCCGCGGACACCCAAGUGCGCCCGUUGUCGCAACCACGGCGUCGUGUCGGCACUCAAGGGCCACAAACGCUUCUGCCGCUGGCGGGACUGCGCGUGUGCCAAGUGCACCCUGAUAGCCGAGCGCCAGCGCGUCAUGGCAGCCCAGGUGGCGCUGCGCCGGCAGCAGGCCCAGGAGGAGAGCGAGGCCCGGGGGCUGCAGAGGUUCCUGUACCCGGGGCCCUGCGGGCCCGGGGGUCGGACACCCGGAGGCGGUAGCCGAACGGAGAAUUCCCAGGCCUCGAGCGGCCGUGUGGCGGUGACGACGCUGGGACUGGGUGCCCCGAGACACACUGAUCUGGCGACCCCUGCUUUCCAAGUUGUCCAGCCAGAUGAUAUGGAGGAAAACCAAGAACUAAAAGAGAGUAAAUACGAAUCAUGCCAGAGUGGACAAGAAGAGCCAGUCUCCAAAUCCCAUCAGCGUACUCUGGGAUCCUCUCCUAAGCCUAAUGGUGUCAUUGGAAAACAAAACAUCAGGCGGUCUAUUUCAGAAAACUCAAUCAAGGAUGAUAGCAUUCAGCCUCCUCACCCUGGGGAGUUAUCAGGAGGGGAAGAGAGUCCCAGGUCCCUGUCAUCAUCUGAUUUGGAAUCAGGAAAUGAAAGUGAGUGGGCCAAAGACUUCACUGCUACCAGAGCCAGCCUUCCCACACUGUCCUCAAGACCAAGAGACCCUCUUGAUAUCCUUACCAGGAUUUUCCCAAGUUAUAGGCGUAGCCGACUAGAAGGCAUUCUGCGGUUCUGCAAAGGGGAUGUGGUCCAAGCCAUUGAACAGGUCCUAAAUGGGAAGGAGCACAGACCAGACACCAGGGACCUAGCAAGCUCAGGAGAAUUGGCAAAUACAGCUUUUCAGAGAGCUUCAAAUUUUAGUUUAGGUGGAAUUGGUUUUGGAACUCUAGGGAAUAAAUCAGCUUUCUCUCCUCUUCAGACUACGUCUGCCUCUUAUGGAGGUGAUUCACAUCUCUACAGCUUAAACCCCAGACUAGGUAUCAAUCCGUUACGGCUGGCAUAUUCCUCUCCAGGAAGAGGGCUAUCUGGUUUUAUGUCUCCUUACCUAACUCCGGGGUUGGUACCAGCACUGCCUUUUCGGCCAGCUUUGGAUUAUGCAUUUUCAGGAAUGAUUAGGGAUUCUUCCUACCUUCCUAGCAAAGACUCCAUAACUGGUGGCAGAUUGUAUUCCAGGCCAAAUCAGGACAAUCUGUAAUAUUUCUGCCUAUUCUCUCUUUCUGGAACAUUUCUAGAAGCAUGCAACACAACCCUCACAUCCACAGCUAUUAAUGUGUACAUUAUGUAUGUGAGUGGAUGACUAGGCCUUAUAUUUCUUUUUACAACCAAUAUGAUAGAUUUGAGAUCUAAAGACUUUUCUUUAGCAUUUAUUAAGUGAAAGAAGCAUUUAAACAUUAUACGUGCCUUGAAUAAAGCCAUUUCAGGAAAUAUUUUUACUUUAAUGAAUUUUCUCCCUAAAAUAUCAGUUGUAAGAAUUCCUGUUUUAAAACUAUACUUGUUUUUAUUUUAUUGAAAAAUGGAGUUUAUAGUUGUAAAAUGUUUAUAAGGGUUAAAGUAACCCAGUAUAUAAAAUGAACUAACAGGAAGAAUUGAAAAGUUGAGGUAAUUCCAAAUAACUAUUACUUUGAACUUUUUCUUCCCUUCUGUUCCUUGUACACAGGAGAGAAAAAACUUAUUUAAAGUAUUUUAAAGAAUUUUAUUCACAUUUAAGUGGUUAGUAAUAAGUAAAACUUUUGAGAAAUUUAAAUUCCUUAUUUUUUUUCUGUAUGUUUUUUCAUUCAUUUGUGCCAUUUGUGAUAACAAGUGCCAUUAAUAAAAACAUUUCUCUUUAAAGCAAACUUUGUAAAUCACACAAAGCCUGUGAACUAAAUUUUAGGAAAUGCGACUGCACCAUCUCCUGGCCACUAUCACUAAUUGCAUCUAAGUUCUGGUAAAGUGUAAAAGUUAGAAACAAAUGGUUUCCUGAGAAGAUAAGCUAACCUUGUUUUGAAAUGAUCAUUUUGGAUCAUGCUACAACUUUCAUGUUAUAAAGUGAACAUCUGCUGUGGGUGAGGAUUUUAAUCUUUUUUUUUUUAAAUCUGGAGAAAUACUCCUUUCCAUAUGUUGGUGACAAUAUGGCAGCCAUUCUCAAAGGUAAAAAUAUUCUUAUUCAGAUAAUUUAAAUAGCUGCUCAGAUAAAUAUUGACUGAUGGUAGGUAGAUGAUGCUUAAUGUACUGAGGCGAGAUAUAAAAUUUCCAAAGGGGAAAUAUUAUUAAAUUUUAGAGGAUUCUUUGAGAUUUUAAUAAUACUUUUUGUUCUCCAUCUGGAGCAUACAAAAGCUAUUUAUUUUAGUAGGUGGAAUGUCUCUGAGAAAACUACUUAUAAAACAAUUUUAUGAAGUUUUCUUUAUAUGUCAUCAUUUUUUUUUUUUUUUACGGACAGUAGCUUCAUUGUUGUUGUUAGGAAUAAAUGAAAACCCAGCUGUGGUAAAGGAUAGUUGAUGAGUUAGAAAUAGGUUAAACAGUUUGAGUAACACGAUUCACUAAAACUUUCUUAGAUUAUAUCAGUGUAUAUGUGUAUAUAUAUGCAUAUAUAUUUUAUCAGAAAAUAUAUUAAAUGUGUAGUAUCUCAUCUUGGUAUAGGAUGUAGAUAUAUUUGAUAGAGUAUGCAUUAUUUUUAGUGGUGUGACUAUAAGAAAGCAGAUCUUGUAAAGACUUGUUGUAAUCAAUAUUCAUUAUUUAUUAAAAAGUUUCAGAUUCUAAGCCUAAGCCAAAAUGCAGUGCCUGGCAAGUAGUUGAUAUUCAAUUAAUAUAUACUGAGUGAAGGAACCAUUUUGGAUAAUAGAUCUCUCUGAGACUCUGGUAAAUCUUUUUUUUUUUUUAAUGUUUUAUUUAUUUUUGAGACAGAGACAGAGCAUGAACAGGGGAGGGGCAGAGAGAGAGAGGGAGACACAGAAUCCGAAACAGGCUCCAGGCUCUGAGUUGUCAGCACAGAGCCUGAUGUGGGGCUUGAACUCACAGACCACGAGAUCAUGACCUGAGCCAAAGUCGGACGCUCAACUGACUGAACCACCCAGGCGCCCCGAGACUCUGGUAAAUCUAAAGAACUCUAUAUAUGGCCUACGCACAGUUUUGCAUAUAAUUUAACAGGAUUCUUGAAUCUCUAAAUGCCAUUCACCAUUCAGUAUAGAAUCCUUGCUGAUUCUUAAAUUGUUUCCAUUGCAUUAAUUCACUUCCAAAUGCUAUUUUUUUUGGAAAAGUACUAGAUCCUAUAGAGGGUACCAAAUGUAAAAUAGUGUGCUCUCAAGGAAGUUACGUUAUACAAUAGAGAUCUGGCUUUUUUGUUUGUUUGUUUGAUCUGGCUUAAUAAUAUAACAGUGCCAGAGACAUUGGAUUCUUUGUGUGGUUUACAUAAUGAUAUGCCUGUAUCCAUUUGAGAAGAUGAAUUGCUUUUGAACUGGGGAGAACAUCCAUUUUGGGCCAUAUGCAAAUUAAAAAAUAAUGUUAUAAUCUUAAAACUUAAGUUAAUUUACAUAAUGCUUUACAUAUUUCAUACCCUUUACGAUACUUCUAGAACUAAAUAAGCUUAUAGAGUAGGUCCCAUUUUCUCCAACAUGAAAUUGAAUGUGAGGGAUUUGAGGCUCAGCAGUAGUGUUGUCCAUCCCCAAGAUUACCAUAAUAGUGCCAAUCGUCAGCAGUAGAAUUUACUUCACCAAUUUCAAUUAGACUCUAAGUUCUGAGGAACUUAGACUCAUGUGUGUCUCCUCACAGCUUUGUAUAGUAUCUGGUAUACAGCAGGUGCUCAAAUAAUAGCUUUCUGUGACUGAAUUAAACCUAAAAAGGAAGUAUUAGCUUAGAAAUGUGCUUAUUCAACAGCUGUUUAUUAAACUCCUACUUUGUGCCAGUCACUGUGUUAGACACAGGAGAUAAAGUGGUUAGUACAAUACAAGAGGUUAACAAGGCCUCACCUCAAGUUGCUCAUAGUCUCUAUUAUCCAUGUGUACAAAAACAACCAAUUAUGCAGUGUUGGUGCUAUUUGACAAUGUUGGUCUGCAUAAUUGUGAGGUUUAUGCCCAUGGAUGCUGCUUGAGGUCUAAACUCCUAAGCCACUAAUUAGGAAGAGGACAUCUAUUUCUAUGUAAUGUGUUUACGGAAGUAUAAUUUUUUUGAGAGGUAAACUGCUUUCAGGUGUCUAGUGAAAGAAGAGGGCAAAGAGAAGCUUUUGUUCCCUUGAAUGGAGUGUGUGGAAGUUACCCUAGCUUCCUCAUGGCCUCUGGAUCGGAGCUAUUUCCUGACCCCAAUCCCAGGGUUGAACUUUUGGAAUUUCUCUGAGUCCGUGCAUAGGCCUCCUGGUGUAAGGUCUCAUCUGGCUAUUCUAUGAAAAUGGUUUAGAGUUGAGGGGACAAUUGAAGAGCAUGUGAGUCAAAUGGUUUAUUUUUUUCGCUGCAAUUCCUGCUGAAACAAAAAGCUUUGGGGAUUUUAAGACUGUCCUUUCUAGGAAUUCCUCACUGUGCACUUAGAACUAAGAAAACUAUGAAGUGGCCUCCUCAUUCAACUCUUUAUUUUUUUAAACACGGUUUCCUUAGACAUUUGUUUUUCUUUGAAAUUAAAAAGCCUUCAGAAUGCAAGAGACACUUGGCAUAAAGAACCUUAUUAUUUACCACUGUGAAUAGAAUUGUUCUCCCAUUCACGAAAUGAGAUGAAGUGCAUCAUUAGCUUCAUAAAGAUAAAGCUAUCCUCUGGGCACCGUGAUUCUUCAGUGUAGACACUCGUCCUUUAGAUCAAGGGUAACAGGAAAAGUUCUUGCUCAGAUCCUUUCUUCUCCCUCCCCACAUACCUCCAAUAAUCCUGUUAUGGAUGCCUGCACUGCAAAGCGAGGCCCAUAGUUAUUUGGCAUAGUUCCCUCCAAAUUGAAGCUGUUCUGGUGUAACAUUUCA